GGUUACUGUGUGCAGGUUGUGGCUCCGGCGCCCGCCAAAACCCUUCCUCCCACCUAGACUCUCUGGCGCCCGCGGCUUCCGAACACGAAGAGUGAAUUAAUUAUAAACAGUCUUUUUUGUGAUACCAUGGAAAAAAUAAGCACUUUAUUGUUAAUUGUGUCUCAGGAAAACUGAGUGAAUUACUUAUAAAUCUUUUUCUCUGAUACCACGAAAAGAAAUCCGAGCAGUUAUCAUUUUCCUCUACGGUGAUUUGAAAGCGGAGAGAUUAACGGUGGAGACACAGGACUCGACACUCCUUAUUGAACAGAUCGCUUGCUGCCGUGAAGCUUCUGAACUGCAGCUGUUUGCCUAGUGACUUUGAGGUACCAGUUAGUCUUAAUCUUCCGCGCUCGAAGGCGUCACGCACGUCUGAACAGUGAGUUGUUGCGGGCAGUGUGUCACCGAGGUAGUAAUCACACGGCAACAGUUUCGUAAAAUCCGCAAGACGUCCUUCGCUCACCAUAACUGGGCCCUUAGUAGCCUUUGUGGAUCCCUCGAGGCUUCAUGUGUGUGUGUGUAAGGGAGAAGGAGCAACAGUGUGUUUUGGAAGGACUUGGGGUUGUGACGGCGGUGGGGAGCCUUUGGAAAGACUGGAGGUGCUCUGAUCAAACGCCACAACACCAUGUUAAAGGUUCUCACGGCAGUACGGGAUGUGCGACCUCCGCGGGGAAGGGUGUGCGGCAUGGACCUCUCCACCGCCAUGGAGGAGGCCAGACUCGCCUGCAGCUAUUUCUUCAACAACCGCUUCGAGGAGGCCAGGACGCUCAUGAGGCCUUGGGCACACAAGAGUAUGUACCAUGGCCUUGGGUAUGGCACAUUCAUGUACCUUCAAGCCAUCAUGACCUUUGACCCAAAAGAUAUUGAAACAGCCAUAGAGACACUGAAGCAGAGUGUUGAGGUUUGCAACCGAUUCAGACGAAAAAAUACAAUUGGAGAAUCUUUGGGAAAAAUGGUGAAGAAAGUGGACUACAACAGUUUCACUAAAGAGGAAAUUCACGCUGAGCUGUGUUAUGCUGAGUGUCUGCUGCUGCGGGCUGUGCUCACCUUCAUGGAGGAUGAGACGCUCAUCAGCUUCCUCAAGGGUGGCAUGAAGAUCCGGGCCUGUUAUCAGUCCUACAAAGAGUGCUGGUAUAUCCUUGAGGGCCGUGACUGGAGCAAAGAUGCUGACAAGAUGCAUUUUGAGUCUGGUGUCAGGAUGGGAGUUGGGGCCUUCAACCUGAUGAUUUCGCAGCUUCCACAGAAGAUUCUCAAAUUGCUAGAAUUUGUUGGCUUCUCCGGCAAUAAGUCAUGUCAGGUAAGAGACCAAAAGUCGCUGGGUCUGUCUGAGCUGGAGCGAGGGUUCCACUUGGAGGGGUCACUGCGGCGGGUGCUGUGUGCCCUGGUGUUGCUUGGCUACCACCUCAUUGCCACCUACGUGCUUGGUACCUCAGAGGGAGAUCUGGUAAUGGCACAAACCAUCCUUGAUGAUCACUUGAAGCUUUAUCCAAAUGGUGCUUGGUUCUUGUUUUUCGCUGCUCGCCUCGAGUACGUCAAGGGAAAUUUUGAUCUUGCCAUUGAGAAGUACACAACUUCCCUCAACAGUCAGAAUGAGUGGCGCCAGUUCCACCACCUGUGCUACUGGGAGCUGAUGUGGUGCUGCAUCAUGAGUGCUCAGUUCAAAGAGGGUGAGGAGUAUGCCGACAAACUUUUACAGGAGAGCAAAUGGUCAAAGGCUACCUAUGCUUACCAGAAGGCAUCCUGUAUGUGCAUGAGGAUGGAUGAACUCACACCAGCAGAGAAGCAAGAACUAAGUGAAACCAUGAGGAGCAUACCAGGUCUCAAGCAACGCAUUGCUGGCAAGAGUCUUCCAGUUGAAAAGUUUGCUGUCAAGAAGUCACUCAGAUUCUUUGCACAAGGAGAAAGGUUAUGCCUUUCUGCCUUAGAACUCAUUUAUGCUUGGAAUGGAAUCAAGAUAUUGGCUAAGAAGUAUGAAAACAUUGAGAAAAUUUAUUCAAUAAUUGAGAGAGAACUGAGGAGACUCGAAAAAAUCAGAGCGGACAACAGGAGUGAGUACUACUAUGAUGACUACUUGCUGGCAAACCUGUUGAAGGGCUCCUGCCUGGCCUAUAUGAACUCCCCACUGCAGGCUGAGGAAUGCUUUAAGUUUAUUGUAAGCAAUGAGAAGAAAAUCAAAGAAGACACCUACCUCGUGCCCAAUGCUCUACUUGAGCUGGGCCUCCUUCUGCUUCGAGCCAAUGACCUAGAACAGUCACGCAUCAUCCUAGAACAUGCCAAGAAUAACUACAAGGGUUACUCCCUGGAGUCUCGGUUACAUUUCCGUGUGCAUGCCACACUGAACAAGAUCAGCACUCUACAGAAAGGCUCACAGUCUGUAGGCUCCAACCCCAUGGACUCGUACCCCUCCAUCAGCCGCUCCCCUUCCCCCUGCCACUCCAAGACUUCUGGCACUACCAAUGGCACUGGCCCUCAUCUCAAGCCUACCAAGAAUGGCAAGUCCAUCUCCACACAUCCUUGAUAAACCAGAUAGUGAGCUCUUGAAGGAAUGUGUGAAUGCUAGUGUGUGUUUUAAAUGUAGUACUGAUUUUGUUUUUGUUUUGUAAUGUUGAGUGUCACAUCCAAAGAUAGUAAAUACUCAGAGAAUUGUGGGUGUAAUCCCAACAGUAAGCAUUAGAAAAGUGCAUUCCGUAAUAUUUUUUUUAAGUGUGCAAUAUUUUCUGUGAUUUGCUUUAGUGUAUAGCUAUCCAGUUUAUACUUUUUAAUCAAGAUACUGAAGACUGUGUGAUGAAAGCCAGUGCUCAGAAUCAGUUUGGGUGUAGGAAAGUUUCAUUUAAGCUCCAAGGGAACACCUCUAUGACUUGUAAUGCCAUCUAGAAUAAUUCCAGAAUCUUAGAUAUUUUCAGUCUUAAAUUAGUAAAGUUUAAGGCCAAACAAAAGAUUUAUUAUAUUUUCAAAAAUUGUUAACUGCUGUUGAUCAUUAUUUGGAAUCAACUCUUGCUGCUACAAGUAAUUCCUAUGAUUUAUAGGUUAUGUUAAUGAUCCAUAUUGUAUAUCCUGGAUCAGUAGCAGUAUGUGCUACUUUUUUGUUACCAGCACAGAGGAUGAAGUUCCCAGUCCUACAUAUCCCACCCUCUUACUUUCCUUUUAUAACUUACAUGGAUUACAAUGGUAGUGUUCCUUCAUCUUGGCCAUGGAGUGUGUGUGUGUGUGUGUGUGUGUGUGUGUGUGUGUGCGUGCGUGCGUGCGUGCGUGCGUGUGUGUGUGUGCGUGUGUGUGUGUGUGUGUGUGUGUGUGUGUGUGUGUGUGUGUGUGUGUGUGUGUGUGUGUGUGUGUGUGUGUGUUUUCAAAACACAGCUUGGAUCACACAUAUUUCAGAAGUUAGAAAUUUAACAUAAGGUUUCAGAUUUUUCUCUCCAUUAAACUUCACUAGAGGUGUAUGAUAUUAGAACUCUGUCUAAGGAGAGUGUGUUUAAAGGCCAAGGUGGUAUGAGACUUGUCAGAUUGUCUGAGCAAGGCGUUUCACCAUAUAGUCCCAGUUCACUGAUUAUGAUUAUCAGGCAUUUAUAUAGUAACAAAUUAAGUAAUCUUAUUGUGAGGUUCUUGGUGAAAAGUAGAAAGUAGUUCAUGAAGGAAAGAGUAUUUAUUCCCUAGAAAAGUUUGAAAAUUUAUUGUUAUAGUCAGAAUCAAAGUGAUAGUAUCAGGUAAUAUCCUCAUAAGUAUAAAUUAGCAGGUGUAGCACUUUUUAGGUGAACAUGAAUUCAUAUAUUGUUGAUGAAAGUGUGGAUUUCUAUAUAUUCUAUUAAAAAAGAGGAUGUUUAGCCAAAAAGUGGUGAUAUAGAGGCAUUCUAAUACAAUAUUUUGUUAAAUUUAUUAGAGGAUAUAUUCAUAUUUUAGUGGAAAUGUUGAAUUUGAAAGAUGGCUAUAAAAAUGUAGAGUGUAGACUUCAUCGCACUACCUAAUGGAAGAAUAUAGUAUUGGUCAGCUAUUUUUAUUCAAAGAAAGACCCACUAAAAUUGGUUAAUUUUUCCACAGUUAAGUUUCUACUUGUGAUUCACUGAAAAUCAUUCAUGAUAAAUCACCAAAAAGUAGGACUGACUUUGAAAAUUGCAUGCAAAGCUCCUCUACAGCAUAAGUUUUUAGGAAAUUACAAAAACUGUUAUUUUCUGAAAGUUAAGAAUACUUUGAGUGUCUUUAUAUGGGUAAUUCAGAAUCAGAUACUUUAUUUUGGUCUUGUCCAAUCACUGACCAUAGAAGGUAGGUGUGGUGAUGGUGGUGGUAGUAGUAGUAGUAGUGGUAGUGGUAGUACAUAAUAGCAGUAGUAGCAGUGGCAUAAGUGAUGGUAGUAGUGGAGGCAUUUAAAGCCCAGUUUCUAUCUAACAGAACACAUAAUAAUGGUUUUAUCCUACUUAGUGAGUUACAUGUGUUGCCUUGUCUUCUCCAACUAUCACAAAUUUUUUUUUUUUAUGUAACUCUACUGGACUCCACUGUUAGUUUUUCACAUUGAUCUUCACCAAAGCUCUUUCUAGGUAUACAAUUCUAAUCCAUGAAACAUACAUGUCCAUAUCAAGUAAGUACAUCAUUUUGUAGUUAUUCCUUUGUUCCUCAAGGUGGUUCAUUUGCAUGUUGUCACUUGAGCAUAUUUUUUGAACUAAGAAAUUUUGUACAUAUGUUUUUAUUACUGCCUUAAAUGUCAUGAGAUCAUAAAUGAGCACUGGAGCAAGUCUUGAAUUGGUAUGUGUGAGUCUGCAGGUACAACCCAUAUUUUUCCUAUUGCUCUUUUCCAGUCUUCAUACAGAAAGUGUUUUAUAGCAUUUUUCCGUACAGUAUGCAUUUCUUCCUCACUUUGUUGUCACAAAACAAGUGGUGAGCUAGCAAGAAGCAGCUCAUGUCUUAGUUGUGCUUCCCCGACACUGUCCUUUGUGUAGGCCAGUGUGUGAAGUGAGGCUGAAUGUGGUAAUGAUAUACAUACUGCAAGCUCUAGUCAAAGUUUUAGAAAAUUGUAGUAGAAAUUGAAACAUUCCAACCCAUUUGGUAUCUAUAGAUAUUGUUUGUAGAGAGUAUAUUGUUAUUUGACUGUUAGAGUGUGUGUGUGUGUGUGUGUGUGUGUGUGUGUGUGUGUGUGUGUGUGUGUGUGUGUGUGUGUGUGUAUUUACAGAGUGCUAUUGACAUUUUAGAAGUGUGUCUUUGUAUUUAUCUUAAGCCAUGUAAAAUCAAAGUCCUUAUCAUGUGUAUCAUAAGCAUCAAUGUAAAUGACUGUUAACAUUAGUGCCAUAUGGAUCAAAAUGAUAUUUUUGCAAUGAAAACUAUUCUUUUUUUAAAUGGAUCCUUUUAAACCCACUGUAACCUCUGCAUAUUUGACACUAAGAAAACAUGCAAGAUA